UUAUGUUGCUGCUAUUACUGCCGAGGAACUUCCAGGAAAUACCACUCUAUUAUGUGACUCUAGAAACCAGGAUAAAAACAAUUUCGGGUUGAGGAUGUCUCAGCUAAAUACGCAACGAGGGAAAAGGAGAGGAAAGUAGUUUCUCAUUUUUUCAGCUGUCAGUUAGAUAGCUAACGGUCGAGCUGAAACUCGAUUAGCUCGCUAGCCAUAGCUGUACUUUGUAAAUUUACGUCAAACAAAGUACCGAGGCUCCCAUUUAUUAACUUUUACCAGGUGUUCCAGAUGUGAUUCACUCUAAAUUCGUCCUUUAUUUUCACAAGGGGGACUUUGUGUUUAUAUUAAUCAGUAUUUGGUUUAUUCUGGACGCUCUGACCGGAAACAGCAUCUGUUUGCGUCCUGUCUAGCUUGACAGUGCUGGGUACAUCCCAGCAGCACGUAUCGGUAGAUUAGCUAACGUGGGCUAGCCUGUUAUGGAAGAAGCACAACUACUGUGUGGCUGUCUGAUAAGAGGAGACUGGUUGGGACUAGUUCUGUGUCGUGAUUGGGAACAUUUGACGGUAACUUCAUCAGGAAGCCUUGCUGGCACACGUCCUGUUAAUUGAGAAAUAAUACAAGACCGGAGCGAAACCACGGGACGCGCAGCAUUACAAGUACAGUAUGGACCCGACAGCUGCAGGUCGGAUUACCCGUCGUCGUGUUUAGCUAUCCGGCCAGAGCAAACGGCUGCACCUCCGGGUCCAAACACCCCCGUGUUGAAGAGACGGAAAUCUUUGUUCGGUUUUCAUGGGACACAACCGGCUUUCCCCUCUCCCUCGUCAUUGUUCUCUCGCCGUGACAGCUUCCCCGUCGCCCGAUACCGACUGGCGCCACGGUUUUGUGCCUCGCAUGGACUCCUAGUUUUUGGCUCUCCUCUCGCACAGCCGUCAUGUUUGCUGUGCGCAUCGUUACCGCAGACUACUACCUGGCCAGUCCUGUUAAAGACUUGGACGUCUGCUAUUCUGAAUUCAGAGAGAGCGAAGCGAAGAAAGUGCCGGUGGUGCGGAUCUUCGGGGCAACACCUGCAGGCCAGAAAACGUGUCUCCACCUCCAUGGUGUAUUCCCCUACAUCUAUGUGCCAUACGAUGGCUACGGGCAGCAGCCACAGCGAUACCUGCGGCAGGUGGCCUUCAGCAUUGACCGGGCCCUCAAUGUGGCCAUGGGAAAUCCUGCCUCCAACACCCAGCACGUCUUCAAGGUAGUGCUGGUCUCCGGCAUGCCUUUCUAUGGCUACCAUGCUAAGGAGAAGCAGUUCAUGAAGAUCUAUCUGUACAACCCUCAGAUGGUCAAAAGGGUGUGUGAGCUGUUGCAGGGUGGAGCAGUGAUGAACAAGAGUUACCAGCCCCAUGAGGGCCACAUCCCCUAUCUACUGCAGUUCUUCAUUGACUACAACCUGUAUGGCAUGAACCUGGUCAAUCUGGGGGCUGUCAAGUUCCGACGGAGCCAGCACAAAGAAGGCUCACCAGCAGUCCCAGACAGACAGAGUCCCAGUUGCCGUCCCAGCACCAGUCCCUGGAAGAGCCCCUGCACCUCCAAGCUCAACGACAGCACCUUGGGGGGCACAUUUGCCCGGUGGGAGGAGAAUGCCCUACCCUGCUCCUUAUUCCUGGAUGAGGUGGAGAAGCAAAGCACUUGUGAGCUGGAGGCUGAUGCUGCAGCUGUAGACAUCCUCAACCGUCUGGAGAUUGAAAAUCAGAUUGGCAGGAACCCGGGCCUACAGGCCAUCUGGGAGGACGAGAAACAGAGGAGGAGAGAGAAGAACCAGGCCUCCCAGAUAGAAGCCCCUGAGUCACAAGAUCGUGGGUUUGCCGCUUCAACGGAGAGCGAGAAAAUCUUCAUGAAGAGAUUCAGGGAGAUCCUGAAGGAGAACGAAUUCGAUGUGACUCAGUCAGGGUUGUCUGUGGGCGACGGCGAGGAACAAGAGGCUUUCCCCGGUGACCUGUCACUCCAUCCCGACACCCUGACCCCGGAGGGACUGCCAUGUACCCUUGCCAAUAUGGUGGAGGUUCACAGGGACUCACAGCCAGACUCUGUGAGGAGCAGUGGUAAAAUCCCAGAGGAGGCAGUUGUUGAUGAGGAGGCUAUCCUCAGUCUCCUGGAGAGCAGUCAGACCUUCCUUCCUCUCUCCCAGAGAUCCAGAGACUCUCCCCUGUUAGACAAUAGCCAAGACCACGCGAUGGUUGACUUGCUGGCAGGUCUGGAGGAUGAUGGUUUUCGGGCGACUCCCAUGAGGCAGACUUCCCAGUCACAGUCACUUCCUGGUGUUGGGAAUUGUCACUACAACAGUGAUGAGGAGGAGGCGGGCCCAGAGCUUGACAAGGAAGAGGCGGAGCUCAGCAUGAUGAUGUCACAACGAUGGGACAGUGACGUUCCUGAGCACUCAUCUACACGAAGGCCCGGAGUGAGGCAGGCAGAGGAUGGCUUCAGUGAUGAACCACAGGAAUCAUCUGAUGAGGAGAUGGAAUGGAGUGGGAAUAACUCUCUGUUCGCCAAUCUGUCCAUCCCUCAGCUUGACGGGGCUGCAGAUGAAAACAGUGAUUCAUCGUUAACAGACAGUGGCUCCAGAACCCACUCUUCUCUCAUGGUCACAGAAAAGAUGCUAGGGAAGAGGAACCCCUUCCCUGGGGAGACUGUUCACCUUGAGCCCCCCUCCUCAGCUAAGAUCCUGCUGGAGUGCAAACACCCCGAGCACAGGCCAACCCUCGCGCUGGAGACAGAGGAACCGACUGACAAGCACUUUCUCUCAAAGAGCAGCCAGGACAGCAGCAAUGAAUGUUCAACGGGGUUCAAAGUGAAUAAAGAAAUUCCCUACAUCCCACCGGUCAAACACCCCAUCCCCUGCAAGACAGCCAACCACUCUGAGGUUUCUCAGAUCUGUGUAGACAAAGAGGACGUACGGCCCCUCUACACCUAUGAAAAGAAGGCAUCAAUGGCUCUGGAUGAGGCAGAUCUAGACAACUUCCCAUUUGGUAACAGAAAGAUCACUCAGAGCAGGAAGAAGUACGGCAGCAUAAAGAAUGUAGAGAAGAAUUGUCUGUCUAUCCUCCAGAACCACAGGGCCUUUUCUCUGUGUUAUUCAGAGCUAAGAAACUGCUCAGCUAAGACGGAGCUUGAACUGAGCCAGAAGGACUGUAAAAGCCCCAUCCUGAGGAACAUCUCAGCUCCCUCUCCCAUGGAGCAGGAUGAGUUCCUUGACCCCCAAGAGGAAGAGAUAGGCCAGGACAGUGAAGAGGGAGAUGUUGGUGAGCUCAAAAUCAGGUACGAGGACUAUCAGGAGAAUAAGACAGAGAGGACCAUUGUGGCCCAGCAGGAGGCGCACUACAAGUUCUUUCCCAGUGUCAUUCUCUCCAACUGUCUUAGUCGGAAAAAAGCAGGGGGAAACAAGCUGGUUGAUCCUUGUAGCAAGCUGGAACAGGCCCAACCUCGCAGGUCCAGGCUAAAGCUGAGUAAGAGGCGGUCUGGAGCAGUGGCCCAGAAGAACAAGUUAAACAUGGUUGAAAGCCCUACCUCUGACAGCCAGGUUAGCACUGGCUUCACCUCCAUCAAACCUGUCUGUCCAGUGAAUAUGGAUACAGAGACUCCCUGCACAGAGGACAAGCCAGUUAAAGAUGGCCCAAUCACAGAGGCAGAGCAAGUCACAAAAGAGAAGCCAGUUAGUGAAGAGAAGCCAAUGGCUGAAUGCACAGAGCGACUUCCAGAGCCCCCCACCCCAAACUCCACCUCUGAUUCCCUUUUUUCUGAAUCAGCUAAAGCCACAAUGGAGGACAGUUUAGAUCCGCUACAUGAACUACCCACUAAAGUGAACUGCACUAAGCAGUCAGGACUACCUGGUAGUAAAUAUACCUUGAGGACUAAACGAAAGAUGACCUAUGACAGUGAAGAUGGAGAACAUUCAAGCACCUCUCGUUUUAAAAACACCCUGUCUGUCAAGGACAGGCCUAAAGACAGCAAUGUCUCUGGCGGGCAGGAGCUCAAGUACCAGAAACGACGCAAGAAGGAACCUCCUAUCAUUAUCAAGUACAUUAUCAUCAACAGGUUUAAAGGGCAGAAAAACAUGCUUAUAAAGAUGGCCAAAGUGAAUGCAGAGGAGCAGUGGGUGAUGUUGACACCAGAGAAGCUAGAGCAAUACAAUAAACUAGCCCCUCUCAAGGAUUUCUGGCCCAAGGUUCCAGAGUCCUCUGCAGUCAAGUUUCCCAUAACUGAGCCAAAGGCUAAGAAACACCCCAAACGAAAGGCAAAGGUCAACUCGACAACUAAGAGAACAGUCAGCAACUCCUCCAAACCUCGAGUCAGGCAGGGUGAAAGGGUCAGAAGGACUAAAGGCUGUCAGAGAGGCCCACAUCUGCCCUCCCUGCCACCCCCUCGACCGUGUUACUGUGAGCUAGCAGAUGACCAUGACUCAGAGUACACUGAUGUGAUGGUAGAGCUGGGCUAUCUCUCUGAGAGGUCCCCUAGUCCCACAGACUCAACGCCCCCGCGCUGUUGGUCCCCCAGUGACCCUUUUAUGGAGACCAGGUCCUCAGAGCGGCUGAUUAACCCACUCAGUGACCCAUGCCUCAGUUCUGUUUUUCACAAGCCUCCCGCUGUGUCUUCAACCAAAGGAGCACGCAGUAAGAGUCAAACUGCCAAACCUCAGAAAUCAAGCACUAAAAGGAGAGGGAGCAAGUCUGCUAGUAAGCCUCCUGAAGAUGUAGAGCCCAAAAAAGAAAAAUCAAGACAAAGAAGUGGCACUGCUCCAAGGAGGAGAAAGAAAGAGACUGAAGCAGUUGAGGGGGCUGUCAGCACCUCUGCAACCACCAGAAGACCGAGACGGUCACAAAAAAAGAAGGUUGAGGAACCUAAAAGCUCUUCAUUAAGUGAAGAUAGCUCCCGACUCCUUUUCCCAGAGGAGGAACAGUCUACUUCUGAGAAUUCUUCUCAAGAGGUUCCUCCCUUUCAGCAGCCAGUCAGCACAAGUACCCACAGCCAGGGGAACUCCCAGACUGUGUCGACAUCAGACUCUAAUUCAGUAGCCCAGUCCAUAGAACCAAAGGUUGAGGAUUUUGAGACUUCCAUCAUGGAGGUCAACCAAAGCUUUGCACCACCAGUUCAGCUGCAGAGUGAAGGUUGCCAGACCACUGUAGUAAAGGCCGAGGCUUCACCUUCACCUGAAUGCACAGAUGCUCAGGUGAAAUCUCAACCUGAGGCCUUAGUGGAAGAUAGUAAAGGCACCGCAAAAGCAGAAGCCUCCCCACACUCAGGCCCUAGGAACGGGGAGAUCCCCACUUUGUCUGAGACCCCCUCUGGCUUGGCUGUACUCAAGAAGCUUCUUCAGAAGAGGCAGCAGGGACAGGCCCUUCCUCUACAAGCAGUUGGUACAGAUAAACCCAGUACUGCCAUUGCUCAGGCUGCAGCUCUACUAGAUCCCACAACUAAAACUACUAAAUCCAGAAGAGCACCCUCUACCACCCCUCGGAAACCCAGGGCCCCAAGAUCUACCACUCCCAAGGAUAAGAAGCCCAGAAGCAGGAAAAGCAAGGGAACCAUUACUCAGCCAGAUGUUUCAGUGAAGCAGGAGGGGAGCCUGUCAGAUGAUAGCCCUGUCUUCUUGUCGGACCCAGGCUUGGACAGUUGUUACUUUAUAGAGGACAGUUUGUCCCCAGAGCUCCCUCACAACUAUAACUUUGACAUAAAUGCCAUUGAUCAAUCUCAGUUCUCCAGCCCGUACACAGGCAGCCAGUUUGUCCUGACUGAUAAAAAUUUACCACUCAAGUUUCUGAGUGAUGUCACCCAGGAGGCGGUUCCUGCCCAAGCACUGGGUUUGGAGGUAAGACUUGAUAGGUUGUCGGGGUUAGGGGAUGAGCUUCAAAGGGGGCCUGAUUGGCACAAAGCAGGGCCUCUCAGUCCUGAGCUCUUUGAUAAGCCGGAGAAUGGAGAGUCUUUAUCAAAUCACAUUGCUUUCUUUGACUCUGAUAAAAUCAAGGGUAGAGAGUGGAGUUCCUCGUCAGCUAAAUCCCACAGCCUCAGCCCCUUUCAGGACUUUCACUGUGAGAGAAAAGAGCUGCUCUUUUCAGUCUUGGACCCUGUCCUCCCAUUGCCUUUAAACUCUGCAUCCUUCGUAGACAAUGACAGCUCACCUACAGGGGACCUGCUGGAAGGAAUUGAUGCUCUAACAUCCACUACACCUAGCAGUUCUCCCCGUUCCAUCAGCUCACUGUCCCAGGUGAGGGCGAGCCAGCUGCUGCGGACAGGCGGAGGGGGAGCCCACAUCCUCAAACCCCUCAUGUCUCCUCCAAGCAGAGAGGAGAUCCUCAGCACCCUGCUGGACCUGGAGAUGUCGGAGGCUACCUUCCAGGAGCCCUUCUGCAGUGACCCCUCUGAUGCCCCAGGGAAACCUAUGGAGGUUGGCGGCCGUAAGCUGACAGUGGGUACCAGACUGGCAACGGAGCUUGUUGAAUUCAGUGGGGACCUGUCUUUGGAGGGUCUUCAUUUCUGGAAGACAGCCUUCUCAGCCAUGACCCGCUCCUCUUCCACCGUUACCUCAUCCUCCCACGCACAGGGAGCUGAGACAAAUAAAGAGCAGACUGAGCUCAGCUCGUCCUCAGCCAGUGACCAGAAGGUCAUCCUUCUGCCCUGUAAGAACCCACCAAGCCGAGAGCGCGUGCAGCUGUGGAUGGAAGCCAGAAAACAGUACGAGAAUUUGCAAAAAGGGAGGAGAGAGACAGGACAGCUGAAGUAUGGGAGGGUCGGUGGGGUUGUGGAUGAGCAUCCAGACAGAGAUGAGCAGCCAGCUGCUUCCAGCUGCCCUGCAGUGAGGACAGAGCAGCCCGAGAUUCUUUCCAGCAUCAGGACUCAAAGGAAUAGGAAACAUAAUCUAUCCUUAAACAUAUCUUCCCCCAAGAUUGCAGACUCUAAACAUAGCCCCACAGGGCUAAGUCCAGUUUCAGAUGUAGGUAUUCUGGAUCCUGAGGAUGAAGAAGAAGGAACAGAUGGUGAUGGUAAAACCUGCACUCCAGAGUCCCCUGACCUGCCUCCAUGGCAGCAGUCUUCUCAGCCCAGCCCCUCAGGGCCACACAGGGCUGAUGAAGAUAGGCAAAGUGGGAAUUCUCCAGAGUCGCUGUCACCCAGGUCCUGUAAAUCCCCAGAGAGGACAGGGGAAAAUAUACAUUUUAGUCCCUCACCUUUUCACACCAGUAACAGGGAAGAGGGGAAAACUAGUCAUCACCUCGUUCAUAGCACCCCCUUUCUAAGGAAACGUCGUGGAAGCAACAGAGACCUGGAGCCUGUAUGCAGCACCCCCAUAUCUGAAGAGGAUCCUGUUUCCCUGAGACUCCAACAACAGAGACGGAGUGAAGCAGAACCUCUGAGAAGAGUGUUACUGACGACACAGAUGAAGAACCAGUUUGCUGCUUUGAAUGUGCCAAAGAAAGAUAAUUCUCAAAUCGAGGGCCCCAGCAUUUGCAACUCAUAUGGCUUCAAAGUAAGCAUGCAGAACCUGCAGGAUGCCAAAGCUCUGCAUGAGGUCCAGUACCUGACAUUGAUGGGCAUGGAGCUCCAUGCACGAACCCGCCGUGACCUCGAGCCCGACCCGGAGUUUGACCCCAUAUGUGCCUUAUUCUACUGCCUCAACGCUGAUGCUCCCUUGCCAGACUCAGACAGCACCCAGCUGACUGGUGCCAUUGUGGUGAACAAAGACCACCAAAGCUGUGACCAAGGUCACCGAGGAACAGCGCCCCUGCUGGUCAGGUCGGGCGUCUCUGGGCUGCAGGUCACAUACGCCAGUGACGAGAAGCAGCUCUUCCAGGAACUGGUCACCGUCAUGAGGAGGUUUGACCCGGACAUCCUGGUGGGCUACGAGGUACAGAUGCAUUCCUGGGGCUACCUCCUCCAGCGGGCGUCCGUGCUCGGAGUGGACCUGUGCCAGCAGCUGUCGCGGGUGCCAGGUGACUCCAAAGAGAAUCGCUUUGCAGCAGACAGGGAUGAAUACGGGGCCGACACCAUGACUGAGAUCCACAUCAUAGGACGCAUUACCCUCAACCUGUGGAGGGUGAUGAAGACCGAGGUGAAUUUGAACAACUACAGUUUUGAGAAUGUGGCUUUCCAUGUGCUGCACCAGCGCUUCCCCCUGUACAGCCCCCGCACGCUGUCCGACUGGUUCGACCACACCACCGACCUCUACAGGUGGAAGAUGGUGGACCACUACGUGAGCCGUGUGUGCGGCACCAUGCAGCUUCUGCAGCAGCACGACAUCAUCGGCAGAACCAGCGAGCUGGCCAGAGUGUUUGGGAUCCAGUUCUACCACGUUCUGACCAGAGGAUCCCAGUACCGUGUUGAGUCCAUGAUGCUGCGUGUGGCGAAGCCGCUGAACUACGUCGCCGUGACGCCCAGCAUCCAGCAGCGAGCCCAGCAGAGGGCGCCCCAGUGUAUCCCGCUGGUCAUGGAGCCCCAGUCGCGCUUCUACAGCAACUCAGUGGUGGUGCUGGACUUCCAGUCGCUCUAUCCCUCCAUCGUCAUCGCGUAUAACUACUGCUUCUCAACCUGCCUGGGCCACGUGGACAGCCUGGGAACACCCGAUGAGUUUAAGUUCGGCUGCACCUCCCUGAGGGUCCCCCCCGAGCUCCUCUACCAGCUCCGAAAUGACAUCACCGUCUCCCCCAAUGGCAUCGCCUUCGUCAAGCCCACAGUGCGUAAGGGAGUCCUGCCCAACAUGCUGGAGGAAAUCCUGAACACGCGCAUCAUGGUGAAGCAGUCGAUGAAAACCCACAAGCAGGACAAGGCACUGAUGAGGCUGCUGGACGCCCGGCAGCUCGGCCUCAAGCUCAUCGCCAACGUCACCUUCGGCUACACCGCCGCCAACUACUCAGGACGCAUGCCCAGCGUGGAGGUUGGAGACAGCAUCGUCCACAAAGCCAGAGAGACUCUGGAGAGAGCCAUCAAACUGGUCAAUGACACCAAGAAAUGGGGAGCCCAUGUUGUGUACGGAGACACUGACAGUAUGUUUGUUCUGCUGAAGGGAGCCACCAAAGAGCAGGCCUUCAAAAUCGGCAAUGAGAUCGCCGAGGCGGUGACUGCGACCAACCCGAAGCCUGUCAAGCUGAAGUUUGAGAAGGUGUACCUGCCAUGCGUGCUACAGACAAAGAAGCGCUACGUGGGCUACAUGUAUGAAAGCCUCGACCAAAAAGAGCCCGUGUUCGAUGCCAAGGGGAUCGAGACGGUGCGCCGAGACGGCUGCCCUGCUGUUUCCAAGAUUCUGGAGCGUUCCAUCAAGCUGCUGUUUGAGACACGCGACAUCAGCCAGGUGAAGCAGUUUGUGCAGCGUCAGUGUGUGAAGAUCCUGGAGGGCAGAGCCAGCAUGCAGGACCUCACCUUCGCCAAGGAGUACCGAGGCAGCGGCUCGUACCGGCCCGGAGCCUGCGUCCCUGCCCUGGAGCUCAGCAGGCGUAUGAUGGCCUACGACCGUCGCUUGGAGCCGCGGGUUGGCGAGCGGGUGCCCUACGUGAUCGUGUACGGGAUGCCUGGCGUGCCCCUCAUCCAGCUGGUGCGUCGUCCCAUGGAGGUGCUCCAGGACCCGAGCCUGCGCCUCAACACCACCUACUACAUCACCAAGCAGAUCCUGCCGCCGCUGGCCCGCAUGUUCCAGCUGAUCGGAGUGGACGUGUUCAGCUGGUACCAGGAGCUCCCCAGGAUCCAGAAGGCCUCCUGCUCCUCAGCGGCGGGAGGGGAGGAAGUGGGGAGGAAGGGAACAAUUUCCCAGUACUUCACCACGCUGCACUGCCCUGUGUGUGACGAGCUGACCCAGCUGGGUGUGUGUACACGGUGCCGAGCCGAACCACAGCGCGUGGCCGUCACGCUCUACCAGGACAUGCGGCAGUGGGAGAGUCAGCAAGACCACCUGUUAAAGAUCUGUAGGAACUGCAGUGGCAGUGCGGAGCGGCAGGCGCCCUGUGUGUCCCUGGACUGUCCCGUCCUCUACAAGCUGUCACGGGUCAACCGGCAACUGUCCAAGGCCCCCUACCUCCGACAGCUCCUGGAGCAGUUCUGAAUGCCCCCCUACACUCACACACACCCGGAGCUCCCUGCUGAUUUGGUGCUAAUCGCUGUUGCCCCCAUCUCAGUGUUUGAUUGUCCUUUCAGUUGUAAUUGUUUAAAUGGUGCUUUGAUUGAACCCUGUUGGGUUUUCAUUUUGUCUUGUAAUUGUUAUUUGUUAUACAAGUAUUUCUCUGCCUGUGCAGACUGUCUGGUUUUGGCCUCCUGUGGGGAGGCAGAGUGGGGAGUGUGUCCCCCUCCCAGGGCUUGUGUUUGUCUUCAUGCUCAUUUGCUGCCAUCUCCAUUAGCUGCUAUUGGUUGUGAGUGAAGCUGAUGUCUCCAUGUGACACAGCGUGACUGUAUUCCCUGUCCCUCAUGGCAUUAAGUGCAGUCCAAUCAAGGAUGACUCGGUAAAUCUUGUAUGCGCUGUAACAGGUUGUAAGUGCAAGACUUUGAUGUCUGAUCAUUGGUUUUUAAGACGCUCCUUACACUUCAGUUCAAGAUGGACAACAUUAGAACCACUAAUUGACUUUACUUUGUUUUUAUAUCAGCUGCAGUCUUUUGUAAAUAGCUGUUGUAUAGCACCCACAUCGAUUCUCACUGUGCAUUAGCACUGAAAAAAAGUAAAGCUCCGGCCAUGAAUGCGAUCAGAUCACUUGUUUUAUGCAUUCUGUUUUAGGAUGCCAUUUUUCAUGUUCCGUUUAACCAUGAUUGUACUGAUGUCCAUUUUUGGCAGAUUUAACACUUUAUACUCUGAGGCAUCUAUCCACAGAGCAGCGACUAGAGGACUAAUUUCAUUUUUUUUUACAUCUGGGACUGUUGCAAUACUGUAUUUUGAUAAUUUAUGUCAUGAAGAGUCUAUUAUUUCCUUGUGCAUAUACUUUUGUGUAUGUUUCUUAUUUUCCUCGUCAAACAUUGUCAUCAAACCAUGUAAAGAUCCACUAUUCAGAUUCCCAUGCAGUGGUACACAGGAUCUGUGUAUUUGUAUAAAUGUAAAAAAAAAAAUAAAUAAAAUAAUGAAGGUGUUUUUUGUUUGUUUGUUUUUAAUGGACAUUGCUGUGGUUGAGGGUUUGAGAUUGAUAUAAUAAAAAGUCAAUGUAU